GUCAGUCGGCUUCCGACACUUGUGCAUCAGAUACGUGCUAAAAUAAAUGUGUUUCGUAGCCCUUACAGCUUACAUAAAUAGAUUGAGUUGAAGAUCGAGAGUUUUUGCUUAUAAAAGCUUGAUUUGCGCCUUUGCUGGAUUCAGUCUGGAACUGAGUUCCACAUCAAGCAGCAGCAUGUUUUUGACCAAAGGUCUGAUUUGUAUUGCCUUCGUGGCACUGGCCCAUGCCCAGUUUGCCACCAACUACAAGAGUGGGCGCAACGGCAUGGUUCACCUGUUCGAGUGGAAAUGGGAUGACAUUGCGGCCGAGUGCGAGAACUUCCUGGGCCCCAACGGCUAUGCUGGUCUACAGGUUUCACCUGUCAAUGAGAAUGCAGUGAUUGGCGGUCGUCCCUGGUGGGAGCGUUAUCAGCCCAUUUCCUAUAAGCUGACCACCCGCUCCGGUAACGAGCAGCAGUUCGCCAACAUGGUCAGGCGUUGCAAUAAUGCUGGCGUCCGCACCUAUGUGGAUGUGGUGUUCAAUCAUAUGGCCGCCGAUGGCGGUAGGUCUGGUACUGGCGGCAGCAGUGCCGAUCCCAGCAUAAAGAGCUUCCCCGGCGUGCCGUUCUCCUCGCUGGACUUCAAUCCCACCUGUGCCAUUACCAACUAUGCCGAUCCCGCCAAUGUGCGCAACUGCGAGCUGGUCGGCCUGCGCGACCUUAAUCAGGGUAACGCCUGGGUGCGUGACAAGGUUGUUGAUUUCCUCAAUCACUUGAUAGAUUUGGGCGUCGCCGGUUUCCGUGUGGAUGCCGCCAAGCAUAUGUGGCCCGGAGAUUUGGGUGCCAUUUAUGGACGCCUCAAGAAUCUGAAUACCGAUCAUGGUUUCAACUCGGGUGCUCGUCCUUACAUCGUGCAGGAGGUUAUUGAUCUGGGCAACGAGGCCAUUAAGAAGUCCGAAUACACUGGCAUGGGUGCCAUCACCGAAUUCCGUCACUCCGACUCCAUUGGCAAGGUGUUCCGCGGCAAGGAUCAGCUGCGCUAUCUGACCAACUGGGGCACCGCCUGGGGCUUUGCCGCCUCCGAUCGUUCGCUUGUGUUUGUGGACAAUCAUGAUAACCAGCGUGGUCAUGGUGCUGGUGGUGCAGAUGUGCUCACCUACAAAGUGGCAAGGAAUUACAAAAUGGCGUCAGCUUUCAUGUUGGCCCAUCCCUUCGGCACUCCACGCAUCAUGUCCUCUUUCGCAUUCACCAACACUGACCAGGGACCACCGACCACCGAUGGAAACAAUAUUGCCUCGCCCAAAUUCAACAGUGACAAGUCUUGCAGCGGUGGCUGGGUGUGCGAGCAUCGUUGGCGCCAAAUCUACAACAUGGUUUUGUUCAGGAAUGCGGUCGGUGACGGUCAGUUGCAGAACUGGUGGGAUAACGGAAAGAAUCAGAUUUCCUUUAGUCGUGGCAAUAGGGGCUUUGUGGCCUUCAAUAAUGACAACUACGAUUUGAAUAGCUCGCUGCAAACUGGUCUCCCUGGCGGCACCUACUGCGAUGUCAUCUCCGGCCAGAAGAGCGGUUCCGGCUGCACCGGCAAGACCAUCUCCGUUGGCUCCGAUGGACGUGCCAACAUCUCGAUUCGCAACUCCGAUGAGGAUGGUGUUGUUGCCAUUCAUGUCAAUGCUAAGUUGUAAGGUUUUAUUUAUUUCACUUAACCUCCACCUACUUGUAUACAACAAGAUUAGAGUCGUUCAGAUUAUAUCAAAGCACAUAAAA